UGGCCCGAGGUGGACGUACGCCUCUGAAUUAACCACCGCGCCGAAGUAACUUACCGCGAUGAAGUGCUUGAACUUUUGUGUUGUUUUAUUAUGUUUAUGGACUGCGAAUGGAGCCGAACUCCAAAUUAAAAAGGAGCUUCAGGCGAUGGCUGAGCAGAUUGAGAUCCUGAAAACCAUGCAUUUGUCCGAUGUCACCCGAUUAAAACAAGAAAUUGACGUAUUGAAGCAAAACCAGGCAGCUCCGACCAACAACCAAGACCAAAAUUCUCAAGUGACUUUGCAGUGGGCACAGACUUCUAUGAACGAGCUUCGAAUGGAGAUGCAUGAACUAAGCAACAGCAUCAAUAGUUCUACACUUCUUAGGCAUCUUCAUGUUAUACGUAAUGAGUUAAAACAAGCGCUGACUGAAACCACUGAUUUAGUACAAUUCACGCGAACCCAGGAGACUAGAAUUGACAAGUUAGACAAUGAAGUUGGUUUAUUAAAACAUGAAAACCAACAAUUGAGGGCCAUGGUCGCCCAACUAAGGGCUCACGUUGGAAAACUCUCAAAGGAGAUUAAGGCUAAACAACUUGAAGAAAUGGACAAGAGCAGCACUAACGAAGUUUUUGAGUCUUACCGCGGUCCAAGCAACCACAAACUCCGCCAUAACAAAAUGGUCCACACCCAAAUUUCGCGAUUGUCUCGGACCCAAGAUCAGCUCGAUUCAUACCAACAGACCCUGCAGAAUCAAUUACUAGAUGUUCAACGCCGACUCGAUCGCUUAGAAGAACCCAAUUGGAACCUCAUCACGGCCAAACUGGAAUUAUACGAUUUGGAAUCAAAAGUAUUCAAAGAGGAUCUGAAAAAUGUCUCACAGAAAAUAUCAGACUUCGAUAAAGUGCACGCAUCUUUACUUGAAUUGCGAGAAGACGUCGAGAGCAUCGAAAAUAAAGUUGAUAAGACAAUACCAGAAUUCAGAAAGGAAAUAUCAAAGUUGGACAUCAGUUUUGCUCAGUUGAACGCUGCAACAUCCUACAUCAAGGAGAACCAAGAGAACCUUAAACAGACUGUGAAGGCUAUUGCUGUAAGCGUCAGUAACGUUAUUGACCGUUCCGAGUUGGAGCGACUGGAUAUGAACAAACUGAACGAAUCUAUUGUAGAUCUGAAAACUACGGCUAAACAGCACUUCUAUCGCCUCAACGAUCAUAUCCUCAAGACCGAAGCUACGUAUGUGGAUUCCAACUACACGAUCGUCUCUCUUCCUGAAUUGAUGGGGGAAGUGAAGGAACUGCAACCGGUGGAGCGUGAGUACGAAGAUCUAGUUAAACAAUUGCCAAAAGACUGCUCCAAUGUAUCUGGUACUCCCGGGAUCUACCUUAUUCACCCCGGUAAAUCACCCGUAGAGACCUGGUGCAAUAACCAAACUACUCUUCUUCAGCGACGUUACAACGGCACAAUAGAGUUCAACAGGCAAUUCUCUGAGUAUGUACAGGGCUUCGGUGAUGCCUCUUCGGAAUUCUGGCUUGGACUUCAGUCAAUGCACGAAAUAACCGCCGACAACUGCUCUUCGAUGAGAAUUGACAUGACUGACAUCUACGGAAGCGUGUGGUACGCUCAGUAUGACCAUUUCUCCGUCGGCGAUGCUGAUUCAGGUUUCGUUCUUGAGGUGAGCGGUUUCAAAGGAAAUGCCAGCGAUGCUUUCGAAUACCAGAACCACAUGGAGUUCUCAACCAUCGACCGUGACCGGGACAUCUCCAACACUCACUGCGCUGCAAACUACGAAGGUGGAUGGUGGUUCUCUCAUUGCCAACACGUUAACAUUAACGGAAAAUAUACGCUGGGUUUGACAUGGUUCGACUCCGCCAGGAAUGAAUGGAUUGCUGUAGCUACGAGCGAAAUGCGUGUUUACCGCCGUCCAGGCUGCUUCUAAAUAAAUAUAUCUAAUAUAUAUCAAAGUUCCAAAUGUUUCGCACAUAUUUAAUUAAUUGUGCUGUAGUGUUUAAAUGUUGUAUUAUGAUAAUCAUACCAAAGAUAAGCUAGUAAGCAAGCUACUCUAUGUCCUGAAGCUAUUCUUGAAGAAACGUCUAUACUUUUAAGCACCUGAGCUGAAUUAUCGCUUACUUCUUGAAAAAACUUCUAAUUUCAUCUCUGUCAUCAAUUCGUAUAUAACCAAAUCAUUCAUGUGGCUACUGCUUAUAAUUAAUGUAACACAGUAGAUACUAUAAUUCUAAGUAUUAUUUCCAGUUAUGAAUUCACUUCAUUUCUAUGAAAAAUGUAUAUGUAAUCUUUAGUCAAUUAAAUUAUGUUAUAUACUUUAAGUGAUAAUUAUUAAUUUUUAAGGUCUGAGCAUAAAAUGCAUGUACUGAUCAUAUAUUGUAUUAUAUAACUUUCCCCUAAAGUUUUUUUAGUUUGCUUCUGUAUUGCCUACAUUCCGUUAGUAACUUUUUGAAUAUUUUAUUUAGGUAAGUAUUAUUUAAUAUUAGGUUUUAUGUUAGACAACCUUGGCCACCGGUUGUGUACCUUAAAUCUUUGCAUUCUUAUGUUAUAUGAUUACUGAAAACGUACGUCCCAAUAAUAUAAUGAUUUCGUGUGUAGGUUUAAUCUUUUCUCCGUGAAUAUUUUUAUGUUUAAAGUAAUUAUCAAUUAUAUGUGAGACUACUUUAACUAGACUAGAAUGUAUUCUUGAAAAAAAAUUCAGACAUAGCAUAUUGUGUGUCGAUUCCAGAUGCAAUUUAAUCGUAUAAGAAUGUUGUAAUGUAGAAAAGCUGUACCAAUGGAUUUAACCAA